AUGGGCUCUGAUGAUAAUAAAUCAAAUGAGACGGCUCUGAAAUCAACAAAGGCUGCAACUGAUCAAGGUCAGGGAGGCCUGGAGAAAAAAAAACGUUUGAAUUCGACCACCCAACUGACGGCUGACUUGGUAAAAGAUAACCAAAGCAAUUUCCCCAUGGAACUGGUUGAAAUCGUUUGGCAUGCUUUGACAACUCCCAAGAGCCGACACAAGCAACCCCCUCCUUCUAAAAUCGCCAAGGAUGGCGCAAUGAAAGGACGCUUGUUGCCUCUCCCAAGAAACUCAAUCCAAGCAACGACCCUAUGA